CCACUUCAGAUUCGAGCUGUUUCCAGUCCCUCACUCACUGAACCUCCUGUAGAAAGCCAAUCCAACACAUCGCCAAAGUAUUCAAUAAAGCCAGAACCAAACGGAAAUAUUCCAAAUCAAAGCGAGCUUAAUGAGAGAAGUCAUCAGCAAAGUGCAUCUUCAGGAAGCGUCUUACAGAAAUUUAAGAAGACUUUCUUCAAGAACGGAAAAUCUAAUGUGCCAUCUGCUGACAACAAUCUGGAAACGAAUGAAUCAAAACAUCAUCGAUUCGGACCAUUAGUUUGGAGAUCAAGUAAAGAAAGGAGAAAGACUAAAUCACAUCGACGUGAUAAAUGCAAUUCUGGUGAUUCAGGGAUUCAAGUGGAACUAGAAAAUGAUGAAAAUCUGUCGGAAAAUGUUCCAAGCAUGGAUGUAUCACCACAGCAUACUGCUAAAGUGAGACGAGCAAACUCAGCGAAACUUUCAACCGCAACUUCAACUCGUUUGGAAAAUAAAAGCGACAAUAAGACAUCAAGUGUGCAGGUGAAUACAAAGCGUUCACUUAGUCAACCAUCAGAUCUUGACGUGAUUGUCUGUGACAAGACAAAGAAAAUGAAUGAUUUAGAAAAGUUGAAGCACAUUGAUGAUGACGAUGAUGAUGGUGAUGAUGACGGAUCAGAUACUGACAGUUUAACGUCAAAUCAUGUUGAAGAGAUUGAAGAUGAUGGACAACAUAGUCUCGUUUAUGCCGAAGUUUUAUACCAAUUUCAAGCUGGAGGUCCACAAGAAUUGUCACUUGAGAAAGGAACUUUAGUAGAGGUUUUGAAGCGAGAAACGGGUCCGUGGUGGUGGGGACGUACAAAAUAUGAAGCAGUCGUUACUGGCGAUAAUUCCAUAACAAUUCAACAUGGUUGGUUUCCAAAAGAUUUCGUGAAAGUCAUGCCAUCAUUCGGAAACAAUCGAAAAUUAAUCAACAGUCAUUCAUCAUCUGAAUAUUGUGAUAAUCAACUCGUCUCAUUACCACCCACAUCAGCUGCACCAUCUAUUUCAUCUAGUCAAUCGAACAGUGAAAUCAUGAAAGAUAAUGUGAUUAAAGAGCUUUUGGAAACAGAAAUUAAUUACGUCAAGCUGCUAAAUUCACUUGUCGAAGGAUUUAUUAAAGAAAUGAAGGAUCAUCCUGAAGUUUUCUCACUUGAAAGCAUAUUUUUAAUCUUCUCAAAUAUGGAACAAAUUUACAGAUUUCAACAAACAUUCUUGGAAGCUUUAAGACUUGCAAUACCAAAUGGAAGAAUUGCUGAAGUUUUCCUUGAAUUCCAGUCGGCAUUUAUGGUCUAUUCACAGUAUUGCAAUUCAUAUCCUAGAGCUUUAAUGGAGCUUGAGAAUUUUUCUGGCAAUAAAGAAGCAUCUGCUAUUCUGGAAUCUUGUCGUGUUGCACAAAAUCUUCCUGAACUACCGCUUUCUGCCCAUUUAUUAGCACCAAUUCAAAGAAUUUGUCGUUACCCAUUACAUCUUAGUGAGUUAGUGAAACACUCGAAAAGUCGUAAAGAAAUACUUCUUAAGCUUGAUGUUCAUCAAUUAAGUAAAAACGAUUUAGAAACAAUUGACUCGAAAGAGAUUUUUGAAGUCGCGUUGUCAGCAAUGAAACGUGUCACGGAGAUGGUGAAUGAAGGAAAACGUCACAGUGAAUAUUUAUCACGAAUGCAAUCGAGAUUUGAAAACUUUCAAGGACCUUCUAUUAAUGUUCAUAGUACGAGAUUGUUUCUUCAAACCGACGCCAUUCGUGUAUCGCCAAAUCUUUGGAACAACACAUACACUUUGUUCUUGUUCGAUCGUCAAUUGGUUUACUGUAAGAAAGAUUUAUUAAAACGAACAAGUUACAUUUAUAAAGGGAGAAUAUUUCUGGAUAAUUGUCGGAUUCUUAAUCUACCCGACGGUAAAAUGUUUGGUGUCAAUCUUAAGAACGCUCUUCGAAUGUUUUGUGAAACGAGAGGCAAAUGGUUUGAUUUUUGUUUCCGUUCAAGUUCAAGUAAAAUGAGAUUCUUAAACACGUUGUCAGCAGAACGACAAUUUUGUGGUUCUAGUCUUUUUGUUUCGGAACUUGCACCGGGACUUGAUGAUGACAAUUUAUCGGAUGAUGCCAAUGGACAACACCACCAAGAGUACGAUGAACGAGGCAUUGAUGUUGAUCCAAAUUUUCAAUUGUUGAUUGGAAAUGUCGCACCAAAUUUACCGUCAAUGGAAUCACCAGUGAAACAGCCAAAAUUCAGUGACACAUUGCCAAAGAAGCCAAGAAAACUUUCGAAAGAAGCAGCGCCGUCACAAAUCAUCAUUGACUACAACCCAUCAGCGACAUCAUCAAAUAUGAACAAACGAAGAUUAGGAAAUUGGUUUAGGAAGUCAAAAAGUACUAACAGCACACCGUCACAAAGUCCAACACAUCAUCCAUUGGUUGCAACUGCUACAGUUCCAUCGAUUGUAAAUCAUUCUGACAGUAAUUCGUCGUCACAAAGUUCACCUGUGAAUUAUCCACGCACACAAUUUAAAGAAGCGGCUGUUGGUGCAACAUCCUGAAACGACGAUGAUUACGAUUAUAAAAUGAAUGAUGACGAAGACGAAAAUGAGACUUUGUUAUAAUAUUAGCCUACGGUUCAUUCAUUUAACUAUGAACCAUGUCAACGAAAUCCUUUAGAUUAAUGUCAAUUGUCACUUGAUCAGUCACAUUUAAAUCAGCGCACAAUCUUCAUCACGACCAAACCAAACCAAUUGUCCUCUGAUUAAUUAAUAUUAGCUGAUACUCGAUGUAUUUUGUCGUUUAGUUUCACUGAGAAAAAUGAAGAAAACUUUAGAACUUACAGUAACAAACAUCCACCGCAAGUUAUCAAAUAAAAAUUAAUCGUUUUGCAAUCUAAAAAUCUAUUCCGAACCUUGAAUCUCAGUGUGAAGGAAAGAGAAAAUAGUUUUUAGAUGAAAAAUAUUUUAGCUUGAAAACUUUUUCAUUUAUAUUGGACAUCAUUAACGAGUCAUUAACGUCAAAAAGAAAUCAAAUUAAUCCGAAUUUGUGAAAUUGUUCAGCAUGUAAAUUUAGUGAUCGAAUGAAUGAUCACGAAGAAUAAAGAAAUGUUAAGCAAUAAGUUUGUUCCUUUGCACACUCAACGAAACUGUUAAAAAGUAAUUACCUAAUUAAAUUAAUCAAUUUUGGUUUUCAUAAAAAAAACUUUGAUGAUAACUUUGUUGAAAUUGAUGUGUGCAGAGCUUCUUCAUUCAUAUCCCAAAGUUAUUCCCUUUUUUAGAUGUAAGCAAUCAUGAUGUUGAUUAACUUGAGGUGAUAACGCAAAAUAUUUAAUAAAAAUCUCUUUUUUGACAAAAGAACAGUAAAAGAAACUUUUGGAAGGUUCGAACUUUUUAUGAACUCAAUGACAUGAUCAGAAAACAUUAUAUUGAUGUAAUUUUCUUAACUAAUACUAAAUAGUUGUUGUUUAGAAGACUUUAACCGAUGAAUAAUAAAGCAGGAAAAACCUUAGGGUAUUAGUAGUGAGUAAUGUUUAUCUCAAAAAAUUAAAUAAAAAACAAUUUUUGAUUCCAUGCAGCUUUGGUCAAAUGACAAUUUAAGGUCUUUGAAUGCCUCAUAAUGAGUUGGUUAGAACUUCAUGCUGGUGAAACAAUAAAUGAAAAAUAUAUACAUGGAAUGAUGGUUAUCUACUGAUAUUUUAGUUAUUUAAGAAUUCUUCGGAAGGAUUUGUUUAGUUGGAAAAUUUGAAAGAAAUUAUUCUCAAAAUAUUUCCGUGAAAAGUUAAAAAUUUCGAAAUAAUUUUCAAUAAAGAAAUUAUUAAAUUAUUAACCAAAAAAACUGAAUCGAACGAAUGUAUUUAUAUUUGUAGCCCUGAAAUCAUUAUUGAAUAAAAAGAAGUUGAAUUAUUGAAAUGAA